UCCUAAAAGUAAUUGCAUCUUGAUAGUUCUUCUUUAGAUUAUCCAAAACAACAUUAUCUUAUCUAUUCCGAUAAGCGAUACGUAUUUAACUUACCUUGAACAGAAUUUUAUUUUAGUAAACAAUCUGCUAUUGAUAAGAGUUGCUUUUCAAGCUCAGCUUAUAGAUCUGAAUAAAUAAUAUGCAGUUGAGUACAGAGGACAACACUUUCGCAUUCUAUGCAGCUUUGGUUGCCGUCCUAUUAACCACUUUAUACUACAUUUUAAAGAAAAGAGGACUUCCUCCUGGCCCAACGGGUCUCCCUUUCUUCGGCUACUAUCCAUUCCUCGAUGACGACAAGAUUCAUCAUCAGCUUCAAAAUCUCGGGAAGAAAUAUGGGAAUGUCUUCAGUUUCACCGCCACCGGAACUCUGUACAUUAAUCUGGGAUCUGCGGCAUCCAUCAGAGAAGCACUUGUCACCAAGUCGGAAUGUUUUCAGCACAGAUUAGAAGAACCCAAUCAACUGUUUGAUCAUUUGGAAGGAGGUAUGCUUUUCCUGAAAGGUGAGCCAUGGAAAGUUAUUAGAAAAUUUUUCCUUCAGCAGUUCAGAGAGAGAGGCUUAACUGUCAUCAAAAAAGAAAUGUCUGGCUCCAUUUACGACACUGUACAAAGCACAAUAAAUGAUUUGGCCAAAAAGAAAGGAAAGCCAGUGGACAUGCCUUCCAUUUUGGUUACGAAAUGCAGCGAAAUUAUUCGCCAAGCAAUCUUUGGCAAUGAUGGUAUGACAGAAGAUGAAUUGAAACAUUUCUGCAAUCAUUAUGGGGAGGCAGUCAACACCUUAACGGGUACCAGUGUCUUUCCAUCGGGUGUCAUAGCCAAAUACUUUAUUCUUCCCUACCUCAAAGGUGUGAAAGAAGGAAGGAAAGCAGCCGAAAUGAUUCAAGGAGUUUUACUCAAUGCUAUCAAAAGACGAAGAUCAACCUACAACGAAAACCAUGUCAGGGAUUUAGUGGAUGCUUACAUAAAAGAAGGAAAUAUCCGUCGAUCUAAAAAUGAUCCAAUAGCAAAAUACUUCACUGACAAGGCUUUGGUAAGGACUCUUCUUCAAGUUGUGGGUGACGGAAUAGUGUUCGUGUCCUUCUUUAUCACUAGUUUUCUGAAUGUCUUGUUGGAACAUCCAGAAGAACAGGAAAGAAUCUAUAAGGAGUUAAUUGAGGUUGUUGGAGAAGACAGGAAUCCAAGCCUUGAAGACAAAAGCAAACUGCCAUACACAAAUGCAUUUAUUGCUGAAGUUUUGAGAUGUAAUGAUUUGUUUACAACAUUCCCAACCCUUGAAUGCUGUAAAGAGACAACUGUAAGUGGUUAUAGAAUUCCAAAAGGCGCAGUCUUGAUGUAUAACUUUUGGAUGGCUCAUAUGAACCCUGAUGAUUAUGAAGAACCUCAGAAAUUUAAUCCUUCAAGAUAUGUUGUGAAGGAUGGUAAAAAGAGACCCGAGCUUCCUGUUUCAUUUGGAAUGGGAAAGAGAUCUUGCAUGGGAGAAGGAUACACAAUGAAUCAAGUUUUCCUUUUUCUCUCCACCAUUGUAAAGCAUUUUCAUCUUAAGAAACCGAUUGAGGACAAAGAAGACAAAACCUUCAUUUGUGCACAUCCAAGGAAAGAAAGUUAAUGUAUAAAGAAAAAUAUAGUUGUUUUUAUUUUA